GACCAGGAACUGGCUCAAGGAGCAGGGAGAGGCUGCGGUUUGGACGAUGCCGAAAGAAGAAGACUUCCCGGCGAGGGAGGCAACGUCGGCGGUUAGUGGAGCAGCGCGUGAGCGGAUGGUGCGACUUCUGCAGUUCAUCAUUGACAGUGACAGACAACAUGCAUCGCCUCCUCUUGGGUCUCAUCCUCUCCUUCUCCGCCUUCGGCGGCGGUGGCGCCACCACCUCUCCCCCGCAGACCUGCACCAGCCCCGACGGCAUCCAGAGCAUCUGCAAGCUAGUCACCGGCCACAAGAGCCCCGCCUCCGGCGUCCCCUUCGACUUCUGCGUCAAGUCCCUCGAGCCCUCGCCCUCCGACGACCCGCACGAACUCGCGGCCGCGGCCACCAAACUGGCAGUCACCCACGCCGUCGGCGCCGAGUCGGAGAUGGAGGAGCUGCUGGAACUGGAGGCCGACUCGCGCGCCAAGCUCAGCCUCGACGCCUGCCUCAACGCCUACGCCGACGCCGCCGAGCACCUGCGCGACGCGCUCGACAACAUCUCCAUCGGCGUCUACAAGAAGGCGGCGCAGCUUCUGGGGAUCGCCGCCGGAGGGGCGGCCAAGUGCCGCAGCGCUUUCGGCCAGGGCAGCAGCAAGGGGGCGCCGCCGCUGCCGAAGGCGGUGGCGGACGGCGACUACGCCAAGUUGGCCAGCAUUGCGCAGGGCAUCGUCGUCAAAUCCUUGCGCUGCGUUUAAUUCAAGAGUUAAUCCCUCUUAAUCGAUUAAAUCUCCAGUUUGAUGACACAGUUAAUUUGUUAAUUUAGCAAUUAAACUAUGGGAUCUUCUUCUUUAA